GUACAUUUCGCGUAAUUUCCAUCGCGGAUCCGAUCGCCGAGAAAUUCACCUCUCUGGAAGAUACUCUGCCGAGCAGGCGACCGGGAUCGUUCGAAGGGUGAUGCGCGGGAAAGGGGCGCGGCGGGGCGCGCCGGGGUGCGAGAAGCUGUAAUCCGGGCGGGGUGGUGGCGAACGGUGGUGGUUCGACAGAGGCUGCCAUCUGGUGGCGGUCGCGGCAGGCUCGAGCCACUGCUUCCCCGUGAAGUGCAUAGCCGAAACGAGUCGUUCGGCUCCGAAACGUCAUCGGCACGAGCUUUUUCGAGGGACCGAGCGGACCCGUGACGCGUCGCGAUCGACACGCGUGCCCCGUACGCGAGUCGUGUUCCCCGCAAGGUGAUAGUUCCCGUGUUGUCCCGGUGUGUUUUCUUCCGGAAGCGAGAAUAACGAACAACGGCCACGCAUCGCCGUGCCAGGAUGACGGAGACGAUAAUGACGUAAAGCCCACGAGGCCAAGUGGAUUCGACUGGUGACCCGACUACGGGACGCGCGCGGGCCCCGCACGAUCCAUGGCCGAGGAAACGUCGUCGUUCUCCGGUGUGCCCGUGACUGGUCCAGAGAGCAGCUCGGUCCCCUGAGCCCGGGUCACGCGAAAAUCACAGCCCGUGUGUGGAACCUUGAUCCCGAAGAGACUGGACGAUGAUCGAUGUCGCGGAAGCACCGUCGCCGCGACCUGCGACGAUGCCCCGUAACAAAUCCGCUCGCGAUCGCCUCGAACUCGCGAGCUGUUUGAUCGAUGAUUGAACCGCUCCCGGACCCUGCCAGAGAGACUGUUUCCCCGUGUUAUCGUGCCCAAGAUCUGGACUACACCUGGCAGAUGUAGCUGUCGCUCUUUCUCUCUCUCUCUCUCUCUCUCUCUCUCGCUCUCUAUCUCUCUCUCUCCUUCUCCCUUUCUCCCUCUCUCUCGUAGGAUGUAAACCGAGUGACACGGUGAAGACAGAGUGAGACAGAGGACGAACGGGGGGGCGAAAUGUGAUAGAACAGGAGACUCGAACAGCCCCGCCACGUUGAACCGUUUGUUCACGGAAUAUCGACCGAAGGCCGCAGCUACCGAAUUAGUCGCGACGAAGGUCGCGAAUGAACGCGUGUGCCUCUUCCCGUGAGAUCAGCCGCGCCGAUACCACCAGCCCCAGCUAUCGCAGCAGCUCGACCAGCACAACAGCCAUCGCCGGAACAACCUACGACAACCACCGUAAACGCGGGAGCCCGUCCCGCGGCAAGUGUUUUCCGUCGUCGUUCACCGCGAGAUCCGGCCGAACGUCUGGCGAAUCGAUGCGUCCGGAUUAACGAGGGGGUAGCAUUGAAACCGAGAGUGCGGACUGGAUGUAACUCCCUCGAAAUACGGUUCUCUGAACGAGACCUACUGACCUAUCGACUACUCGACUCUCUCCCUCCUCCUCCUCCUCCUCCUCCCUCCUCCUCCCGCCGUCCCGCGUCCCGCCGCCUCCGCCGCCUCCGCCGCCACCGGUCGCCGCCUUGUUCUCCCGUUUCUUUUUUUUCGUGGCCUACGUUCGCCCUUUAAUCCGCGCGUAAACCUAAGCGAGAGCCGGGGAUAGAUCGACGCGUCGUAGGACAGCGACCGUUCGAGGAAGCGUUCCUCUUUCUCGCUUCUUCUUGUUUGUGCGCGUCGGUGUUUGCGUCCGCUGCCGAGCGUUGGGUCGCGCGCGCGGCGUAGCUGCGCGUACGAACGGGGAGGCUCGGGUGAAUCGAAGAGAGUCGUUCUUUGAACGAGACCCACUGACCUAUCGACUCGGCCGCUCCGCGCUCCUACCCCCGGCGUCUUUCCGCUCGCUGGCCACCCUCACUGCUCUUUCUGCCUUUCUCCCCUGCGUGUGCUGGCGUGUCGUCGCCGCGUCAUCACGUCGGGACGUACCGCGGUGCCACCGUUUCGUACACCCCCUCGCGGAAAGGGUAACGCUCCUGGGGGUGCCCGCCCGACGACGCACCGCGCGCACAUUCACGAGACAAACGAGUGCCUAAGGAUCUUCUCAAUUCAGGACUUCGACGAUCUCUACGCCCCCCGAUCAUCGAAGAGUCUCUUUUUUCUAGCUGUGCUUUCUCGUAGCGUAUAACCACCCCGGUGCGCAGGGUAUCUUCCCUUGUUUUCGUCUCUCUUCACCUACCUCGGUUCUUCUUUUCUAUCUCUUUCUCUUCCUCUCUUCCUCUCUUCCUCUCUUCCUUCUUCUCUCUCUUUCUCUCUCUCUCUCUCUCUCUCUCUCUCUCUUGAUCUUUUCCGAUCUUCCUCGCUCUGAUUCUCUUUGGCGGCUCGCCGUAGAUCGUCAAAUAUUGGUAGGGUAUCGAGACAAUGCGACGAAGAGUGCCUAAAAUUUUAUGCCUUCUCGACUGAUUAUUCAUAACGCGGUCGGCCACGCACGAAUGAUCGUCUAUUUUCUUGGCUGGCGGACGACUGUCUCCCGAACGACUAUUACUACUAUCCGCGAACGAGCCUCGACGCGUAAAACCAGUCGGUAAACAGUGCCUCAGAUUAUUUAUCGCCUCUCGACUGAUCGGACGGUUUUAGGAACCGUCGCGAGCGUCCCCUCGUUCAACGCGGCUAUUAUUCGCUGGUUCCCUUUCGGCGUCGAAAGGGAACGGAGACAAGUGAUCAGGGACACAGGAGGGACUUUCUCAGUUUCUUUUCUACCUUCCUUUCGGGAUCUUUGUACCCGCUCCAAGGUGAAACCUGCUUUCCCUAUCACCUCGGUGUCGUUACCGGCGAUCCACGCGAUCGCGGAUCGAAGACAGUGCGACAGAGAGCAGCUCGGAGACGUUCGCGAGCCGCCUUCGUCGAGGAUCCGGCACCGAAAGCCGUCGAACCCGACGCGGAAGGCGAGAUCGUCGUCGUCGUCGCGUAAUUCCGCCAGGCGUAAUCGAAGCGUCGAACUUUUACCGGGUCGACGGCGCGAUCGAUCGGCCAGCUCGGUCUCUCUCUCUCUCUCUCUCUCUCUCUCUCUCUCUCGGCGGUGCAUCUUUAAUCUCGGCCGCGGAAGAGAUGGCAUCCGGAUCGCAGCCCGACUACGCGGUGAUGCCCUUUGGCAACGCGAAAGAGGAUCGCGUGACGAGCGUCCAGGAAUCCGCCACCUGUGAACCCGUGACGUGUCGGUACUACGGGUCGUCGACGACGAUAGCCUGAUCGUGGAGCCGCGGUAAACAAACAGAGACUUGUGCGUACGAAACGGCGGUGCCGGGCGACACGGAGCGAUCGGGAACCGUUCGCUCUCGGGAGAGAGAAACGAGCGAGGAUCUCUCGCGGGAAGAAAGGAGCACCGGGAGGAAAACCCGGUGUCCCGGUUAACGGUGAAGAGACACUGUCGUGCAACGGAAACGAAAGAAACAGGAGGACCGAUCCGAUCUGUCCGAUCGUCGAUCCUCGCCCUCCCCGCUCAGCCUCGACCGGGCUCUCUCUGUUCAAGUUCGAGAGAGCGAUACCGGAAUAUCGGGCUUCCGUUGGCCGAGUCCCGUGCGGCGAACAUGUUGUUGGAUCGUGUUUGAACUGAGAGGGAAAGCAUAGCUCGAAAAAUGGCGGAAAGCGCGGCGAGUCCGGGCACCGUGCAAGUCGCCGCGAACAGUCCCCAGCAACAGCAACAAUCGCAACAGCCGCAACAACAAGCGCCGCAACAAACGCAACAGAUCCAACAACCGCCGGAUAUAAGCAGCUCGCAGCUGGCGUCGCCACCAAUCACGGGCACAGGUACGAAUAGGAAACGAUCGAGAUCUUCCGCCCAGAUCGAAAUAAUCCCGUGCAAGGUGUGCGGCGACAAGAGCAGCGGCGUCCAUUAUGGCGUGAUCACCUGCGAGGGCUGCAAAGGCUUCUUCAGGCGGUCCCAGUCGUCGGUCGUUAACUAUCAAUGUCCACGGGCCAAGAAUUGCGUGGUCGACCGUGUAAACAGAAACCGGUGCCAGUACUGUCGGUUGCAAAAGUGCCUACGCCUCGGCAUGUCCAGAGAUGCCGUUAAAUUCGGACGCAUGUCGAAGAAGCAGAGGGAGAAGGUCGAGGACGAAGUUAGAUUCCACAGGGCACAAAUGAGAGCGGCCUCGGAGACGGCGCCCGAUAGCAGCGUGUUCGAACACCAGACGCCGAGCAGCUCGGACCAGCACCAUCCCUACAACGGAGGGUACACGUACGGCGGCAGCGAAUACGCAUCGCCCGGCCCCGGAACAGGUGGUUCGGGCUACUACAAUCAUCAGGCGAUGACGAACUACGAGCUUAGCGCGGAUUACGUUGACAGCACGACGACCUACGACCCGCGACCCACGCAGACGCAGGUCGGGGACACCGUCGCCCCUGAUACACCCUCCGCUGUCACCGCGACUGGGGUUCUUCCCAGCGUGGUUACCACCGGAAAGUCGCUGUCUGCCUCGACGACCGGAAGCAGCACGGGGGGUAGUGGUGGAGGUAGUAGCGGAGGCGGUGGUAACGGUGGUGGAUCCGGUGGUGGUGGCUCGGGAGGUGGAGGGAGCGGUUCUGGCACCGGCGGCGGUGCGGCCGCUGGCGGCGGCGGUGGUGCCGGUUCCCUAAGCGGGGGUGGAAUCGUUGCUGUGAAGCAAGAGACCACCGUCGAACUCGCCAACCUGGGCCACGGCUCGUACACGAUGGUCGACUCGACGACCUUUCUGAGCGGUCAGCAACAGAGGGUCAGCAAUCCAUCCGAGGACGACGAAGUGCCGAGUCUGCCCAGUAUGUCCCAUGCGAGAUAUCCCGCACAGAUCAGCGAGCUGCUCUCGAAGACGAUAGCGGAUGCCCACGCAAGAACGUGUCUGAUGACGACAGAAGAGAUCCAGGAGUCCUUCCGGAAGCCUCACGACCUCACCAGAUUGAUCUACUACAAGAACAUGGCGCACGAACAACUGUGGCUCGAGUGCGCCCAAAAACUAACCGCUGUUAUCCAGCAGAUCAUCGAGUUCGCCAAGAUGGUUCCUGGAUUCAUGAAGCUCUCGCAAGACGACCAGAUUGUUCUAUUAAAGGCUGGUUCCUUCGAGUUGGCUGUGCUACGUAUGAGCAGGUACCUAGAUCUCCAGCAGAACUGCGUCCUCUACGGCGACACCAUGUUGCCGCAGGACGCGUUUUACACGACGGACACAGCGGAAAUGAAGCUCGUUUCUUGCGUGUUCGAAAUGGCCAGGAGUAUCGCCGAAUUGAAGCUCACGGAAACGGAGCUCGCGCUGUACAGCGCGGCGGUUCUCUACAGUCCUGAUCGGCCAGGACUGAAAGGCCUCGCGGAGGUGUCGAGACUGUCACAGGCGGUAAUCAGGGCGCUGAGGUCGGAGCUGGACCGUAACCACCUGUCGCCGAUCAAGGGCGACGUGACGGUGUGCGACGCGAUCCUGGCGAAGAUCCCCCAGCUCCGGGAGAUCUCUCUGCUGCACAUGGACGCGCUCGCGAAGCUGAAACGGUCGCAGCCCCACCUCGACUUCCCAGCCCUCCACAAAGAGCUUUUCAGCGUUGACAGCUGAACGAUCGACGCGGCGCAGGGCGUCCCGACGCUGACGAACAAAGCGGUACGCGAGUAGCGCCGGGCCUUGCUCUGUCAAGGUGAGUUCCACCGUCCGGAAAGGAAACGACGGAGAAGGCGACGCGUGUCAACAGAAAGAGAAAAGAAAAGGGUGACGUCGCGACGACGCUACCUAGGAAGACAGAGCGAGAGAGCGAAAGAGCGAGAGAGAGAGAGAGAGCGAGAGCGAGAGAGAGAGAGAGCGAAAGAGAAAGAAAGUGAGAGAGAGAGAGAGAGAGAGAGAAUGGAUCGCGUAGGCGUGUGUUUAGGGCCGAUCGACGAACGACGGUCGAAGGGUGCGGAGAGAACGUGAUUGUGACGCAACGAGCUUGCUAAGAUUUUUGCCGAAGUUCUGAUUUGUCGAGGUCGUACGCCACAGGCACGCUUACCACCACACUACCUUUUUCUUUUUUUUCUUUUUUUUUUAAUUAUUUCUUUGAUCGUACUAUCGUAAACCCUACGUACUUCUUCGCUAGCUUCAAACGUAUCGCGCGCACGAGAACGCAUCGAAACCGAAGGGACAAGUUAAUGAGUUCUAUUAUAUAGUUCUAUGUAUAUGUAUACAUAUAAAUAUAUAUAUAUAUAUAUAUAUAUAUAUAUAUAU